AUGGUGGAAGUCAUAUGGGAUCGAGAUCCCAUCGCGGACAUUCGAGCGUCGAAGAUUGCGGCUGCUUCGUCCAUACCGACUCAAUCCCAAUCGCUCCCAGCUCCGGUGCGGUUCGAAGCUUGUGCGUCGACCGCAUCGUUGUUUCUCUACGCCCAGGGCUCCGCCAUUUUAUGUCUCCACCAUGAUACGUUAGCCCUGGAACGUCGGUUCGAGAGUCACAAGGACAAUGUCCAGUUCAUCUCUGUGGAUAAUGUUAGUGAGCGCGGCUCAGGGAGGUUGGUGGUUAGCUACGAUGCCAGCAAGACGGCGGUGAUUUGGGACCUGUUUACGGGGAGCGUCAUUGCUCGUUUUGCGUCGUUUGAGCCGCUGAAGACUGCGUCGUGGAUGAAAAAUGGCAAUGUAGCUUUUGGAAACGAAAAAGGUGAGGUGAUCCUAUUCGAACCCACAACUUCAGACAAUGUCUCCUGCCGCACCAUCUUCGACCCAAUCACGGCGUUGGCGCCUGCGGCUGAUUGUCGGACUUAUGCCAUUGGAUACCAAAAUGGGUCGAUACUGAUUGCGACGCUGUUGCCGACGUUUAAUAUCCUGCAUACUAUGACAACCUCUCGGGGACCGUCACCGAUAGUCUCAAUAGCAUGGCAUGCAUCGUCGUCGAAACAAAAGUCGGAUAUGCUGGCGACUAUGUCUGCUAAUGGAGACCUCAGAGUGUGGAGUGUUGCAAAGCCACCGGGGAAGGAGGCUCCACGAGUGAUCCGAGUGUUGAAGAGGGCCGAUGUUUCCUCGCCAACAGAGCCUAAGUGGAUGGCUUGGUCGAAGAACGGGAGGAUUAUACAGUAUUUGGAUGGUGAAACAUGGGCCUGGGACGUGAAAACAAAGCAUAUCAGCUACGAGCCGAUUCCGACUAUCGACAACCCCCUUGGUAUCGCGAAUUACGGACCCACCGCAACCCUCUUCACCAUCGGCCCUCAUUUCACGGUUCAGCAGUACGAUUUGGAAAACCCAGCAAUGGUGGCCAAUGUACAGCACGCUCCCACGAACUCCAUGACCUCGGCAUUAGACCAGAUGAGAGCUCGGACAAAGUCCCCGCGGGCCCUGCAGGAUCCUCCAGAAAUGCGGGAGUCUGCUAGCCCAUACUCAUCUAGACGUCGUACACCGUUUGAUUCUAGCGGCAUCGAGGCUGUAAGACAGCAGCGCGAACAGCUAAGCAGCCCUGGGUCAUCUCACGGCCGGGCGGCGUCUCUUAGCUCCAAAGCUUCUUCGGACAAAUACAAGCCUUCGUUUUCACCUCCGGCCAGGUCAGCGCACACUGCCACUUCCUUCUCCUUAACCUCGGCCGGUGGUGGCAGAGAGACUCCCCAGCCAUCCUACACGUACGCUUCAUCGAUAUCGAUGUCAUCAGCCAAGAGCUCUCGCGCCGGGUCACGCCUGAGGAAUGAGGUUCAGUUCAGCCCGGCGGACAAAAAUGCCGACUUGUUCCCCUUUACGCGCGCACGAUUAAACGAUGUCCCGUACCGGACGCAGCAGCCGCUCAACGAAUCUCGCAUGAUGCCUGACGAGCUGCGACGGCAGAUGCUGAGUAUGGUCUUCGGAUGGGAUGGUGACAUUGAGGGAUUGAUCAAGGACGAGUUAUACCGCCACCCCCCAGGCAGCCCAGCAGCAAUCCUGCUAGGACAGUGGAUCGACGAAUCGGACAGCGAUCAUAUGGUUUCAAUGCUCAGUGCUGGCCCGACAUCUGUUGGUGACUGGAUGUUACUAGCCCUGAGCCAGAUGAACGGCCAAUCCCAGGCAAACAAAGUCGGUCAAGCCUUCGUCCAGAAGUUGCUCGAGCUGGGCGAUGUCCAUACUGCGGCCACGGUGUUGGUCGGUCUAGGGGAUAGGAAUGACGCCAUUGAAGUUUACGUCUCGCAGCAUUACUACAUGGAGGCAAUUCUCAUGACUUGUCUUGUCAUGCCAACCGACUGGCAGCGACAGUCAUACCUUGUUCGACGAUGGGGAGAGCACGUUGUGGCCCACUCACAGCAGCAACUGGCUAUCCGCUGCUUUAUGUGUACUGGUGUAGAACCGGCGGAUCCUUGGGCCUCACCGGCAGCUCACCAAGCGAACUUUGGAGAAAUCAUGCCUGGAAUGUCCGCCCUCACGUCACCAGAGCCGAGCUCUGCUGGCCUUCUUCACCCAAAUUCCUCUGCCACAGGUAACAGGCAGCCGCUGAGAGCGCCAUCGCUCAAAUUGAUCACCAAGUUCGACGGGCAAUCAAACAGCCACCUGCGGUUCCCCGGACUUGUCUCUGAUGACAGGACCCCGACGAAUGCGCCGGGAAUUACCCCGAUCGCGGACGUUGCGGCCAUCUCACCCAGCAGCUUUGGGUCGUCCAAGUUAAACAACAUCCAGAGUCUCAACAACGCAAUUAAUUCUAGGACAGGGACACCUGGGUUCCCCAAACAGCGUCUGCCGUCGAUCGGAGAGACACCUGUGGAUGUACACCCGCCCACAUUCCUCUUCAACGAGCCUAAGAAAUUAGUCGACUACAGCUCCACGUCUGAAAACGAGGAUACCAGCCAGAGUCAGCCGCAAGAUUCAGAGGAGGAGGGUCUUGGCCUACUGAGCUCCGCGCGGUACGACCCAGAAGAUAGUCACAAACCAACCCCUAAAACGGCUGUCCAGGCGUCUGCGGAUAAAUGGGCGACUAUUAAGGGCCUGCCUUCUCCGACUCCCGGGGUAUUUGAGGCUCUGAGAGAGCGAUCGGAUAGUCGUUUGAGUGGCAGAGACCGUAAACCUGACAGUCUCCAGCUUCAUUUAAUGUCCGGGGAGUCUUCUCAUGACGAAGCUCAGGAUACUGGUGGUUCUUUGGCCGCCAGCUUUAGAAGCGGACUUUCCACGGGAAAUAGUUUGAGCACGGCUAAAAGCCCUAGCGCGAGCGGACGAAGUAUCGACAAGUACAUCCAUAGCCUGGAUGAGGCAAGUUAUCAUUCGCGAAAGCACUCCGGCCACCGCCGUCCGAGGCGUAACACGGAAGACUCGAUCGACCUAGGCACCCGCAAGUCAAAGUCAAGAACGGCAUCUCAAGAUACUACCCGCGGACGGGAUGAGAGGCGUCAUAUACCACCUGCGAAACGUUCGCCCUCAUCUCCUGUUCCCAUGUCACCAGAAGAUCUCGCACGGUAUAGUUCCCAAGCGAGAUCGAAGGGCCGGAGUACAAGUCGAGUGCGGAAGCCACGGUCCAGGAACUCCUCUGAACGGCGCCAGCAUCGCUCUACUAGUCGAAACACUCCGAGCCGGGCUGAUACGACUGAGUCAUCUAACCGUGGCCGCAGCAGUGACAGACAGGGCCUGCGUAAUAUUUCCCCUCCAUUCCCGGUGCCCAUAACCAACCCGGAGGAUGCUCUCAAAUUCGUGGCAGGCGAUAGGGAAAGGAGAAGUCGCCAGCGAAGCCGUAGCCGUCGUCCCUCUGCGUCGAGGCGUGAGGGGUCUACUGAUGACCGACGUACUCGGCAGGGCUCGAGGAACCGCGCAGAGUCUGCUUCGAGGCAGGCUGGAGAGCAUGAAACGAGCCAGGCGAAUGAACUGCUUGCUUCUUUGAACCCGCAGGAAGCAGAGGUCAGACCCGAUUCGGAUGUCACUAAUAUACCGGCUCCGAUUUUGUCGCCUGCUGAAAUACGAAGGAAGGAACUGGCUGCUGCUGAGCUCGAGGCACGUCGUCUAUCGCUCGCGCGUAACCCUUCUGCCCCGAACAUCCCCUUCCCUGGAGAAAUCCAUUAUUCCCGGGUCAUGGCAAGCCCUCCUCCGUUUUCUGGACAGUCGUUCACACCUCGAACGCCUGGGCGGAGUACGAUCCCUCCCAGCAAGACGUCGCCAGAUUAUCAAAGUAGCUCCGACUCAAACUCCUCGAGAGCCGGUGUACCUCUAGGGCUCCCUGCGACUCCUCGUGCAAUGCGUCACCCAAAGUAUAGCGGUUCCGAAACAGAACAAGUGCCUCCGCCGCCGCCGCCACCUCCACCACCCCCUCCGUCGGCCCCUCUACAGAACGACUCGGCACCGCUCCUGCUGAGCAGCGCAAGGUAUGAAGGGGAGUCUGAGCCCAUCCCACGCUCAAUGUCCGUCCCGGCUAUGGACAUGCAACCUCCGACUCGCCGACCUGACAUGCCACUGCAUCCCCAUUUCAACCCCAAUCUCCCACGAAGCCGUUCCUCAGACCGGCGCCACCGCCACGACAGUUCCCGUGAAGUCUCCCCUGUAGCCCCCAGCGGGAACUACAACUUCGGUUCCUCACCCGUCACGGUGAGCAUCGAAGAAACAAUGGAAAAGGUCAUACCGCCCAUCCUCCCGGAACUGCAACACCUCAACAUGAACACUCCGCCGCCCCCACCACCCCUUCCUGCGGUCUCAAUGGCUCCAGGGUCCCACCGCGAAUCCUCAGGCACUAUUGAUAUAGCUAUCGACAACGAGAAUCUCGGCCGCUUGCUGCCGCGCGCUAUGACUGCCGGACCGGCUAUCAGCACGAACACCACCACCGAGUCAAGGCCGCCCAUGGGCCGCCGCAUGUCCCUUGAGCAUCGCAGAAACCGCAGCGUGAAUGAGUCUUUCUCGUCGAAGAUUCGCAAUCUGACUAGACGGAGUAGCCGGGGCUCGGAUGCCUGGGGGUCGUCAUCGUCUGGCCCUGGCGGGCUUUCUAUCUCCGGACCGACUCUUGAGGGGCACUAUUCGUAUGAUGGUGCACCGGGGGCUGAUGCCGAGGGACGUAUCUAG